ACUGACGCAACCCUUGGCUUUGAUGGAGUACUCGCUAUCCCAAGUUUCCCCAGCAAAGAGGCAGGGUCAACCUCUCUCUAAAUUCCAGCAAACUUCUGACUCAGUGCGGGCUGGGAGGCUGGAGGUGAGGAAUCAGAGAGGAAAGUUGGAGGCCCUCAAGAAUAGCUCCGAGCUGUUACAGAGGGGGGGCUCUGGCCUGGCCCAGAUCAGGCUACAUGCCUCUGGGGUCCCUCCCAGCUCUCAGAUCCUGUGACCCUCUGAUCAGAGGCCCAGCUGGCCACUGUGGAGCCAGGAAACGCUAAGAAAAGAAUUUGGCUUUACCAUCCUGGAUGUAGGUGAUUCCAUUACCAGAAGACAGUGCUCUCUCACAAACGUCCAGAAUGGGGAGCCCUUCUCCAGCAUUCCAGAGCGCCACCUUACUUGGCCACAGGAAGCGGUCACCCAGGCCUCUUGACUCAGCCAUGGCCUCAACCCCUUCUCUCCGAAGGAUGCCAGCAGGCAUCAGCCCCCUCCGGACCCAGGGUGCCCAAGGCCGGGAGGCUGAGCAGGCAAACCAGGUCUUUCAGGACAACCUGUGGAGAGAGCUGCUGGAGGCUGAGAAUAGGAGCAACAGACUCUGGAUUCAAAAUUGGAGUUUUUUGAAAGACUAUGAUCCAAUGGGUAAUAAAAAGGAGCAUCCAAAGCUACCAGAAUACACCUCCUUAUUUUCUGACACAGUUCCCAGUACUGCUAAUCAAGUCAUUGGCAGUAGGAUGAAUACAGAGCUAGGGAGGAGGAUAGCAAGCAUGGAUUUCUUCUUCACUGAAGGAAAUCGUAAGAAGAAACCUAACAAUGAUUUUCAAACCAUCUAGAAUUGCCAAGAAAUAUUUUAUGCUCUUUGCAAGUGGGCAUCAAGUUUAAGGCAAAGCAAAUAAUGAAAAACAAAUCAAUGGAAAACAACACUCUUUCACAACCAGGUUUUAUCAAAGGAUCUAGCAACCUUCCUGAGAUGUACCAAGGCUAAGCUCCAAGGAAACAUCAUAGAAUCAUCUGUAUAACAUUAGAGCUGGCAAGAACCUCAGGGGUCCCUAAGGCCAAACCCUUUGCUUUAUUGAGAAGGAAACAAGGCCCAGGACAUGGGCACGGUUUGCCCAAAGUCACACAGCAAUUUAGUGUCCUGGCUGGACCUUGAACUCCCCUGACUCCCAGUCUAGUUGACUUGACAUCCCAACUGACUGCCUCUAAAUUAACUCUGGCCAUGAAAGCCUUUCCAAAGAGAUGUAAACAUCCUUUGUAUAAGUUUUCAAGGGUAUUAUUAACUUGAUCUUAUUACUGGCCAGGCUGAACUGUGGGAGAAUUGAUGUUUUCUGAUUCCUGGGGGGAAGGUGCUGUUGCUGCCAUUGGGAGACUGGGCCAUUCAAGAUUGCUUGGCAACCUGCAGGUGGCACCCCACAUCCAGGCAUCUCUUAGCAAUCAAGCUAACUCUCCAGCGUCAUAAUGAACUGUCCCUGUGUUCUUCUUACAAAAGACAUGAAACAGGAUCUGGAGCCAUCAGGAAAAUGAAUCAUAGGGCUGCUUACAGAAGUUCUAAACAAUCUUCCAUCACUCUUGAAUGGUACUCACAGUGGAGGCCCCAUUUCUGUGGAGCUCUCAGUCUUGUACUGCCUCCCUGGUAGCAUUCAGCCAGCUUGGAGAGUGGGAUUCUAUAAAUAUAAUGAGGGUAAACUGAUAUGGGGCGGGAGGGGGGGUGCCAAAAUGGAACAGAGGAUAAUCCUGGGGAUAGUUGUGUAGGAGCCAUGAGAGAAAUACUGAUCACAGUUUCUUUGCUUCUUUUAAAUUUCUUCAUCAUUUAUUCAUUUAACAACAUUUAUUAAGCUCUGACUAUGCUAGAUUUGGGGCAGGGGAGUGGGAAUAUAGAGUUUAGGUAAGACUGUUCCUGCCCCCAUAGAGUACCUAAGAAUUCUCCAUCCUUCUAAAACACAGAGCACCAUCAAAACAAUAUAAUGGGUGAUCUAACACUAGCCCAGACCCCAAGCCUUUACUUACUCACUCCAUCAACAGCCAGCACCCCCUAACUCUGCAGAGCCAAUACUCAUGCCUUCCAUCCCUGAAGUACAACAUCAUUAUUUCAGAGUCAAUGCUGAAUUUAUACAAAGGCUGUAACUUGGAUGAUUGCUAUAUCAAGUCCCAGAUAAAAUCCUACCUUCUAUGCGAAGCCUUUCUUGAUGACCCUUAGUGAUAGCGCCUUCCCUCUGUUGAUUAUCUUCAGUUUAUCCUGUAUAUAGCAUGUUUGUACCCAGUUGUUUGCAUGCUGGCUCUCCCAUUAGACUGUGAGCUCCUAGAGAACAGGUACUCUCUUUUUGCUUUUCUGUAUCCUUACAAUUUAGCACAGUACCUGGCACAUGGUGUAAAAAUAGACUCAAAUUCAGGACUCCAAUCCCCAGAAUCCUUUGCUUCACUUCCCCAGAGUGCUUUGUAAUCACACUGAAUUCUUGCCUGGGCGAGAACACAAAUGAUUAUUUAAAGGAGUUCUCCGCCUACUGAGGGGUCUUUUGGACUUCCAUUUUGGAGCAGACGCAUCUCUUCCAUGAUGUGAGAUUAUCUUGUCUAGGCCUCUCUGGCCUAGGCACGUGUUUUCUUAUCCUGUAUUUUCUUUAAUCCUUAAUCUUUAAUAAACCUCAUGAAAAUAUAAUACUCCUUGCAGAGAAAAACUAAUUUCUACCUGCCUCAGUUUCCCUAAAUUUUAAUCUUUACAAUGGUAAGCAUUUAAUAAAUGUUUAUUGACUGAUUGA